AUGGCCGAAGACCUGAAUACUAUGUUCAAAGUUCAGGACCAGAUGGAAAUGCCGGAGGUGAAGGAGAAAGAUGUCUCCCUCCGGGGAGGAGAAUCCCAGCUGCCGUGGGAAGACCACGCGGAAGAGGAGGCCUGUCACCGGCGCUUCGGGCAUUUUGGCGGCCAGGAGGCCUCUGAGCCCUGUGAGAUUUUAGAGCACCUGGUGCGACUCUGUCAUGGGUGGUCGCGGGCUGACUGGCGCACGAAGGAGCAGAUUCUGGAGCGAUUGGUGAUGGACCGGUUCCUGGCCCUCCUGCCUUGGGAGGCCCAGGCCCGAGUUCGAGAGACACGUCUAGGUAGCGUUGAGGAAGCUGCGGCCCUCUUGGAAGAUUUACCACCAGAGCCCAGGAGACGGAAGAAAUGGGUCACAGUCCAUGUGUUUGGACAGAGAAUCCUCCUGGAGGAGAUGGCACUCUGGAAAGCGGUGUGGGAAUCAGUGAGAUUCGGGAGGGAAUCAUCGGAAUUCCAUCCUGAGGAGAUGCUCCAGGAGGAGAGAUCUCAGAGCCCUCGUCUGGAGCCAGAGGAGCAGGAGCGCUACGAAGAAGACUCCCAACCCUUAAAGGACAGAGGAGAACGGGAUGUAGAUCCUGGCAUCAAUUACCCUCAAAGGCCUGUCGCCCAACAGGCCCAGAAAGAAGCGUUCGGAGAGGAAUCCGGAGAAGAAUUCCCAGAAGAGGAGACGACAGGUCCCCAGGGUGAUGUUCACGAAGCCUUUGAGGGAAGACUGAAAAAGAAGAGCAGGCAUCACCAGGAAAUGGGCUCGGAUCAAGAGAUGCUACACCGACCGGAGGAAUCCUGGGGACAGAUCCGGGACGAGGCAGCCUUCUGGCAACAGGCAGCUCCAAGGGGCCGGAAUUCCUUUAUCUGCUCCGACUGCGGGAAAAGGUUCAACAAGUACUCGAAGCUGAAAAUCCAUCGGAGGGCUCACACGGGAGAGAAGCCAUACAUCUGCCAUGUGUGUGGGAGGGGAUUCAGUCAGACUUCCAACCUGAAUAGACACCAGAGGGUCCACACGGGGGAGAAGCCCUAUAAAUGUCCCACCUGUGGCAAAGGAUUCAGCCAGAGCUCACACAUUUAUAAACACGAGAGGAUCCACUUCAGAGAGGACUCGGUUAAGAGAGAAAUGUGCUGA